AUGCUGACGUUUCAGACCCAAGCACAUCAACAAGUCAGACUCCACAUUCCUCUGACACCACCAGCAGCACAGAAGAUGUUGCCACCUCAGAAAGUGAGACUCCAGUUACCACCGAGACCACCACCAGCACAGAUGUUACUACUUCAGAAAGUGAGACUCCAGUUCCCACCGAAACCACGAGCACCACGGAAGAUGUUACAACUUCAGAAAGUGAGACUCCAGUUCCCACCGAAACCACGAGCACCACGGAAGAUGUUACUACUUCAGAAAGUGAGACUCCAGUUCCCACCGAAACCACGAGCACCACGGAAGAUGCUACUACUUCAGAAAGUGAGACUCCAGUUCCCACCGAAA